AUGGUCGCGGUGCAGACGUCUCCCAAUUCGUCUCCGUCGGCGGAGUGGAUCUGCUGUCUGGAUAAAAGGCCCACGGAGCGCUCAGGAGAGGAUGUGGACAUCAUUCUGACCAGACUGAGAGAGGUCAAAGCCUUCCAGAGGUUCCCACCUCCACUUCUACUACAGAUCUGUGCCUGUGCCUUCUAUGAAUGCCUGGAGAAAGGCAUCACGUUGUUUCGACAGGGGGACAUAGGCACCAGUUGGUAUGCUGUCCUGUCUGGCUCCCUUGAUGUCAAAGUGUCAGAAACCGCCAAUCACCAGGAUGCCGUCACUAUCUGCACUCUGGGGAUUGGGACGGCCUUCGGGGAGUCCAUCCUGGAUAACACACCUCGCCACGCUACCAUUGUCAGCAGAGAGACCAGCGAGCUGCUGCGGAUCGAACAGAGGGAGUUCAAGAGCCUCUGGGAGAAGUACCGUCAGAGCCUGGCUGGACUGUUGGCCCCUCCUUAUGGAGCCAUGGAGAGCGGAUCCAACAAUGACCGACUCACAGACAAAGACAACAUGAACUCAGACUCUGCAAACAAAGUUCACAACAAGAUUCCCUCAGAGAAGCUGCAGAGAGCAGGAAAAGUUCUCCGCAACGCCAUCUUGUCCAGAGCCCCGCACAUGAUUCGAGAUAGGAAGUAUCACCUCAAAACUUACAGACAAUGCUGCGUAGGCACAGAGCUGGUGGACUGGUUGGUGCUGCAGAGCGCCUGCGUGCUCACACGGUCCCAUGCUGUUGGGAUGUGGCAGGCACUACUAGAAGAAGGAGUGCUUAACCAUGUGGACCAGGAGCUCGGUUUCCAGGACAAGUACCUGUUCUACCGUUUUCUUGACGAUGAGGAUGAAGACACACCGUUACCUAGUGAGGAGGAGAAGAGGGAGAGCGAGGAAGAGCUGCCAGAGACCAUCCUCUUUCUCGCUCAGAUCGGCCCUGACGCACUGCUGCGCAUGAUCCUCAGGAAGUCGCCUGGUCAGAGGACAGGGGAUGACCUAGAGAUCAUCUAUGAUGAGCUGCUUCACAUCAAGGCCUUAGCUCACCUCUCCAACACUGUGAAGAGGGAACUGGCAAGUGUAGUGAUCUUUGAGUCACAUGCAAAAGCUGGAACUGUGUUGUUCAACCAAGGAGAGGAGGGCACAUCAUGGUACAUCAUCCAGAAGGGCUCUGUUAAUGUGGUUAUCUAUGGCAAGGGUGUGGUGUGCACGCUUCACGAGGGCGAUGACUUUGGAAAGUUGGCCCUGGUUACAGAUUCACCUCGCGCUGCCUCCAUCGUCCUGAGAGAGGACAACUGCCACUUCCUUCGUGUGGAUAAGGAAGACUUCAACCGGAUACUCAGGGAUGUGGAAGCCAACACAGUGCGUUUGAAAGAGCACGAACAAGCUGUGCUGGUGUUAGAAAAGAGUCCUCGAGCCUCCACACUGGGAAGCAUCAAGUAUGUGUGCGUAUACACUGUGAUAUCAGGAACACCAGAGAAGAUUCUUGAACACUUCCUGGAGACGAUGAGAAUGGACAUACAUCACAGUGAACCAGACCCAGCAGUGGAUGAUUUUGUCCUCAUGCACUGUGUCUUCAUGCCCAACAGCCAGAUGUGCCCUCUACUCAUGGCACACUACCAUGCGGCAUCUCCGCCUGGCUCUGAGCAGGAGAGGUUGGAGUACGCACUCAACAGUAAGAGGAGGGCCCUCAUCCUGGCCCUGCGCUGGGCCAACACACACACGUACAUGCUGCAAGAGGAACCUGCUGCAAUCUCUUUCCUGGAGGAGUUGUAUGGAAGUUUAUCAAAUGAUUCCCGGAUGCUGAGAGCUCUGAAAGAUUUGGUUCCCGACCUGGAGAAAGUCGUCAAAUUACACUCAGAAGAGGCCAAGUCAGCAAAAAAGAAGACUCUAAUACGACAGUUCAGCAACGGAGAGGAGAGGCUGCAGAAGAAACAGCCCAUUAGGAAUCAAGAUGACAUCCUGUUGAAGGUGUACUGCAGCGAUCACACUUACACCACAAUCAGGGUUGUUGUGGCAGCGACGGGAAGAGAAGUGGUCAGCGCAGUGACCGACAAACUUGGCACCACUGAAGAGCUCCUGUUGGUCCACCUCAGCUCUGCUGGUGAAAAACAAAUCUUGAAGCCUAAUGACGUCUCAGUGUUUUCGACUUUGAGCAUCAAUGGCAGAUUAUUUGCUUGUCCUCGAGAACAGCUCAACAGUCUGACUCCUCUAGCAGACCAGGAGGGUCCCUCUGCAGGCUCCAUGUCCACUUUUGAGCUGAUGAGCUCCAAGGACCUGGCUUAUCAGAUGACUAUGUAUGACUGGGAGCUUUUCAGCUGUGUACACGAGCACGAGCUGCUCUACCACACGUUUGGCCGCCAGAGCUUCAGACGAACCACGGCGAAUCUGGACUUGUUCCUGAGGAGGUUCAACCAGGUCCAGCUGUGGGUGGUCACGGAAGUCUGCCUGUGCAGUCAGCUCAGCAAGAGAGUCCAGCUCCUCAAGAAGUUCAUCAAGAUAGCCGCACACUGUCGAGAAUUUAAGAACCUGAAUUCAUUCUUUGCCAUCAUCAUGGGGAUGAGCAACCCUGCUGUCAGCAGACUGAGCCAGACAUGGGAGAAACUCCCCACCAAGUUUAAGAAGUUCUAUGCCGAGUUUGAGAGCAUGAUGGACCCAUCUAGAAACCACCGAUCCUACCGUCUUACUGUCACCAAGCUGGAACCGCCAAUCAUCCCCUUCAUGCCCCUCCUUCUCAAAGAUAUGACGUUUACACACGAGGGCAACAAGACAUUCAUUGACAACAUGGUCAACUUUGAGAAAAUGCGUAUUAUAGCAAACACCAUUCGGCAAGUGAGACACUGUAGAAGCCAACCAUUCAAUCCCGACAUUUGCCAGCCGAACAAGAACCAGGCGGAGGUCCGGGGUUACGUUAGGAAGCUCUGUGUGGUCGACAACCAGAGGGCGCUGACGCAGCUCUCCUACAGGCUGGAACCUCGGCGGACAUGAGCUCCAGAUCUUCCACCACCAUCGCCUUCUCUGUGACGUUAGCAUAAAAAAAAAACAACAAAAAAAACCACACAAACACAUUACCUGGAUAAAAUAACUCAACUGGACGUUUAGUAGCAAAAUCACAGCAGUCAGUGACUUUAGCACCAUUGUGGACUAUAAUGGAUCGAGGAUUCAUACUGUGCCAUUAAAAGCCUCUUCUUCCUGGACAGACAGAAGCUGUUCGGCUGCUCUCUCGUCGCCGUGUCUCAGCCGCCAGACUGAGGGUUUAUAUCGUACUAGUUAUUCCUGUUCGGGACCUGUUAGAUAGAAGUGUAAUGUAUAGAACUUGAAUCAAUAUCCUGCAUGACUGAACUUCAUAGGCUUUGUGUUCUAUACAGUGGAUUUCUAUCAGAGUGUCCUGUAAUGUCGUGCUACCCCAGAUGAGCCCUAGUUUACAGUACAUGACUGUACCUGCCUGUAGAGCAAACCUUUCUCUCCUGACGGUCCUACUCAUAGCCAGAAAACACCGGAAACCCCACAAACUGUAGUGAUCUAGACUCUUCAUUUUUCCCUGUUGAAUAUACAGAUAACUAUAAAAUCUCAGAGUAUGUAUUUACUUCAUAAUCUAAACAAGUAUAUCAAAGUCUUUAGGAUGUGAUGUCCUUUAGGUGAAUAUCCUUUAAUUAGUCGGACACUUUAAAACUACAUAACACAGUAUUAGCUGAAUUGAAGCCCUAAUGGUGUUACGAGCAGUGUUCAAAUUGAUCACUGCUGUAUUCUUUUUAACCAUAAAUCAUUCUCGAUGACGAAGUUGCCUGGUUGGAUCUGUUCUGAGGUCAGCUGCACAACCAAAUUGCACUUCUCCGAUUUGGACUGAUUGUAGAUAACAGAGUCUGAAGGUAGCUUCCACUUCGAGGGGCAAUCUUGUCAUCUCUACCAGUUGUGUUCAGUCUGUGUAAUUUUAUUUUUGUAUAUGUGGGUGUAGACUUCGAGUGUGUUCUUGACAAGUGUCAUUAAUUUUCAUUUGAUCUCAGGAGCUUUUUGCUGUGAUGGUGUGUGUUGAGAACUGCCGUGAGGCUGCCUUUCCCCCCCAAAAGCAGCCUGUAACUGUAUUGUAUGUGUAGUCUGCCUUGUAAAUAAAAUAGCUAAUUUAACAGUG